UCAUCACCAAAAAACUGAAAGAAGUUUUGAAAGAAACUCUGGUGUUGCUGUCUGGUUGCUGGGAAGAUGGCUAAUAACAGGUAAGAGUCGUAUUUUUUUUUCUUCAUGUAUUCAUCAUAAUGAUUUUGUCCAGUUAGUAAUUAGUGAGUUUGUUUUUUAUGUAGUGGUUUUAGAAGAUUUGAACUAGCUGUUCGGUGGCGAUCAGAGAAAGUAGAAGACAAUUUGGGUGUCCAUUUUGUUGGUGGUCUAAGUUUCCAGAUGACUAUUCCAUCCAGGGUGAACUAUCAGAAACUUUGUGAUAAUCUAAUUCGGAGAAUACGGAUUAGAGACGAAACAGUACAAGAUAGUGUUGUGAUUACAGGUUUCACCUACUGUCUUCCAGAAUGGCAGAAUGGUGUUUUAUUUCAUUAUGCAAUGCCUAUUGUCGAUGAUGAUGAUAGCUUAAAUGUGCUUUGGAAUUUUAUGGCACAAAAUCCUUAUUGUUUGGGUGCUGAGAUACAUGCUGAGCUCAGUGAGGAUCGGGGUGGAGAGGAAGACGAUGAUGACGGUGAUGACACAUGGAGCAUGCCAUCCGAUCAUGAUUAUGAUGACGGUGAUGACGGAGAUGAGGAAGACGAUGAUGAUGAGGAGGAGGAGGACAACGACGACGGGGAGGGAGGAGAACAACCUAAUUAUCCUCCAUAUUUUUACUUGCAGGGUAAUGAAGAGGACGAGGAAUUAUCAUAUGCUGAUUCAUAUGGCGUAAUUCCAGGGUCUACUGUUGGUGGUUUUGAUGGAGAAUUCUACAAGGGGAAAAUAUUUCACUCGAAACAAGCUGCAUAGGUGGCGAUGAAACACUAUGCACUACAACGCAACUUUCAGUAUAACGUGGUGGAGUCGUCACCUUCAAUCUGGAAGAUCAGAUGUUUGAUGCACAAGGAGGACAAAUGUCCUUGGAUGGUGCAGUUUGGAUGUCGAGAAAUGGGAGGCGAUUGGAGCGUGAGAAAGGUCGAGUUGGUGCAUACUUGUAGCAGUAUGACUCAACCGACGGAUCAUCGCCAUCUUGAAGUCGACGUGAUAUCUGAGGCCGUCUAACACUUGGUACGUGCCCAACCAAAUCUGAGUGUUCUAACUGUUCAGGCCGAGUUGAAAGAUAAGUUUAAUAUGCAAGUUACUUACAAGAAGGCUUGGUAUGGGAAACAAAGAGCAUUGGAGAAG